AGUUUUUGUUUCACUGAACACACUCUGUGGGUAGAAAAAUUUUUGUCAACAAAAAAUCGAAAAUAUUUCAAUUUAAUAAUUUAUUUUUUAAGCUUUAAUCCUGAUUAAAAUAAAUCACAUAUAAGUUAUAAAUAGUUUGAAAGUAAUAAAUAACAAAAUGAACUUGAAUAUAGACAAGAAGAGAAACGAUUAUGCAUCACUUUCGAGUAAACUCAACUCGACUAAGAAUUUAGAUUUUACUACAUAUUAUAAUCCGCAAGGUCCUAAUUUGAAUAGGCCCGAACCCACCAUGGAUUAUGCUGCUAGCAAUCGCGUUAGGAAUCCGUCGAACCAGUUGUUUGCUUCUGUUCAGAGCUUACCCAAAAAGCUAAACAUCUCACCGAGUGUGACGGCUACAAUGUCACCACCUGUUGGAGUUUUACCAACAAACAAUGCGUCUCCGUCCCAGUUCGAUUUUAGGAACAUUCGGUCAGACGCCUCUUUAGUUCCUCCUAUACGACAAACAGCUUCAAUAUUUAAGCAACCAGUAACGGUUGUUAAAACACAAGAAGGAAAAGUGAAAUCAGAAUUAAAACACGGUUCACAAGAAAAACCAAAACAAUUAUUUUGGGAAAAGAGACUCGAGAACUUUCAUGCAUGUGACAGCGAAGGGACUGAAUUCACAUUGAUUGAUUUACCUAAACAACUGAAACCAGUUGGACCACAUGUCAAAGACCAAACUUUAUUCCAAUCAGUAGCAACGGCUCUUCAUUCUUCAAUGCAUCCUGUUACAGGACAAAUGUCAGCUAAAACAGCAUUAAGCAACAAUCCUGGCGUGUUUGUGAAUCCCGAUCAACCUUUACUUUAUGCAUGCUCAAUUACUGAAGACGAUAUCAGAAAACAAGAAGAUCGAGUUCAGUUGGCUAGAAAGAAGCUUCAAGAAGCUCUUGCAAAUUAAUUUUAAGACGUGUUCUGAAUUCUUUUUUUUUCAAUCUCAUUCGUAUUUAAUUAUAAAUAUAAAAUAAAACAUAUUCCAUUAAUGACAGAUA